AACUCAGUUCACUUCACAUCAUGGCAUUUGUUUCUUUCCCCACUUCCUUUGUCCUCUCCUUCCUUCUCCUCACCGCCACCGCCACCGCCGAUGUCACCCUCCCAACCUACCCACCUCCACCCCAAGCCCCUCAUCCUCCUCCACCACCCCACCACCACCACCACCACCAUCACCCCCCUGCUCCAGCACCCACGCACCCUCCACUCAAACCCCCGUCGCACCCACCAGUGAAGCCUCCGGCUCACCCUCCCGUUAAGCCACCAUCACACCCGCCAGUGAAGCCGCCAUCGCACCCUCCCGUUAAGCCGCCAUCGCACCCUCCCGUUAAACCCCCGUCACACCCUCCCCUCAAGCCUCCGGCUCACCCUCCCGUUAAGCCUCCGUCACACCCACCAGUUAAGCCGCCGGCUCACCCUCCCGUUAAGCCGCCGUCGCACCCUCCCGUUAAGCCUCCGUCACACCCUCCCGUUAAGCCUCCGUCACACCCGCCCGUCAAGCCGCCGUCACACCCGCCCGUCAAGCCCCCAUCACACCCACCAACGAGGAAGAUGGUGGCUGUUCAGGGCGUAGUCUUCUGCAAAUCCUGCAAAUAUAGGGGAAUCGAUACUCUCGUCAAUGCCACUGCUCUUCCCGGUGCUGUGGUGAAGCUGGAAUGCAACAACACAAGGAAGACGCUAGUGGAGCACAAGACGACAGACAAGAACGGCUACUUCCUGUUCAUGCCGCAGAAGCUGACCACAUCCGGCUCCCACAAAUGCAAGGUCUCCCUCGUCUCAUCCCCCUCGCCGACCUGCACGCACCCCACUAACCUCCACGCCGGCGCUGUCGGCGCUAUCCUAAUGCGCAAGCCGCAGCCGCCCCCGCCCAAGCCCUUCCCGUUUGAGCUCUUCACCGUCGGACCCUUCGCCUUUGAAGCUGCCAAGAAAAUGCCAUGUCACUACUAGAAUUUAACCUUUUUCAUUAAUUAGUACGUCGUCGUUUCCUUCUUCAUUACCACAUCAUGCUUUGUUCUUCCUUGUACUUGGAUUUGGAUGUGGAUGGGCUAAUUAAUUAAGUUUGAUUUAGUUGCCA